GUGAGAUUUUUGUGACAUUUGGAGGGAAAAAAAGGAGUUGGUGAUCAUCAAACUCAGCAAGCACCUCAGGUUUUAAAUUGGGGAUAAUGGGUGGAGGAAGACCAAACAUGAUUUCGUAGGGGGUAAGUCCCAUUUUAUAUGGGGAAUUUCGCACCCUAUAUAGGGCGAAGGGGAGGAGAGCCACCCAGUCCCCGCCAGUCUCCAGGGCUGAUUUAGUUAAGGUCUCCUUUACUGUUCUGUUCAUCCUCUCUACCUGUCCUGAGCUCUGGGGCCUAUGUGCACAAUGUCAUUUCCAGUCUGCCCCAAGUACUAGUGCCCCUCCCCGUGUUACCUAAGAGACGAAUCCUGGGCCGUUGUCUGAUCCCAUCUUAGCAGGAAAACCAUACCUCGGUACAAUGUCUUCCAGCAGUUUCUUGGUCACGGUCUGUGCUGUUUCAUGUUUGGUGGGAAAUGCCUCUGUCCAUCCUGAAAAGGUCUCUACAAACACUAGUAAAUACCUGUAUCCGUAUUUUCCAGGUUUUACCUCAGUGAAGUCCACUUCCCAGUAGGCUCCUGGACGGUCCCCCGGAGCCGGGUGCCUGGGUUAGAUCCAUGGGCGGAGGCAUUAGUUAACUGGCACGCGUGGCAGCUCGCCACAAUCUGCUCGAUCUUUGCUCGAGAGUCUUUAAUAGUGAUCUUUGCAUGUCUAUGAGGUCUUCCGUCUUCCUUGUUCCCGUGUGAGUACUCGGAUGCAUUCUGGACAGGCCUCGCCGUCCUAGUUCCUCUGGCAGGAUGAUGCUGGAGUCUGCGGCCCUCCCCCAGCCAUGCAAGCACUGGGUCACAGGCAAGCGUUUGAUCCAGUGUAAAUCAGCAUCAGUAUAGUUGGGGGUGUCGGGCAGGGUCGGUGCCCCCGGAUCGGGCAGCGUGGUUGCUAAGACCUGGGUCACCGAAAGGGCUGCCUCCUUUGCUUUUAAAUCGGCUCGCCGGUUUCCCCUGGCUACUGGUGCGUCUGCCUUUUGGUGCCCCGGACAGUGGAUGACGGCUAGGGCCUUGGGCAGCCAGAGGGCCCUCAGGAGUUCAAGGAUCUCCGUUUUGUUCUUAACAGUCUUUCCCUCUGCUGUCAGGAGCCCUCUCUCCCUGUUAAAGGCUCCGUGGAUGUGAGCGGUGGCGAGGGCGGACCUGCGGUCGGUGUAGAUGUUGGUCCGCUUACCUUCCCCCAUGGUCAGCGCCUUGGCCAGUGCGGUCAGCUCUGCCCGUUGAGCUGAGGUUCCGGCUGCCAAUGGCUCCGCCCAGAUAGUUUCCGUCUCCGUGGUUACGGCUGCCCCCGCGUACCUGACUCCUUCUCGGACAAAACUGCUGCCGUCCGCGUACCAGGUGGCGUCCGCGUUCAGCAGUGGCUGAUCCUGGAGGUCAGCUCUGAUUCCGCGCACCUGUGCCAAAAUUUCUUGACAAUCAUGUGGGGGGGGGGUCCCAGUCUGGGUUAGGGAGUAGCGUCGCCGGAUUCAGGGUUGUCGGUGGCUUAAAUAAAAUUCUGGUGGGGUUUAGCAGCAGGCUCUGAUAAUGGGUCAGACGGGCAUUGCUGAUCAGCGGUCCGGGGGCUGCUUGAGUGCCCCUUCAAUGGCGUGUGGGGCGGUAACAUGCAGUUCUUGCCCCAUGGCCAGCUUGUCUGCGUCUUUAACCAUCGUGGCCACUAAUGGCAAUAAUUUUUAAGCAUGGGGGCCAUCCAGCGGCCACCGUGUCUAGCUUUUUGUAGAGAUAGGCUAUGGGUCUCUUCCAGGGACCUACGUACCGGACAAGGACCCCUUUUGCCACUCUGUCUUUCUCGUCCACAUACAGGUAGAAGGGCUUGGUUAGGUCUGGCAACCCGAGAGCCGAGGCAGACAGCAAAGUCCGUUUAAGGUCAUUAAAGGCUUUGUCCAUGGCCUUUGUCCAUUCAAAAUUUUGCUGGUGUCUGGUGGCCUCAUGGAGGGGUCCGGCCAUCUCGGCAAAACCUGGAAUCCAUAAUCGACAGAACUCUGCUGACCCCAGGAAUUCACGUACCUGGCGGACGGUUCGUGGUUCUGGGAUUCUUAGGACAGUUUCCUUCCGUGCACCCGUCAACCAUCUUGGUCCAUCUUUUAAUUUGUACCCUAGGUACCUCACCUCCGUUCUGCAGAGCUGAGCUUUUUUAGCUGAGGCCCGGUAUCCUAGGGCCGCUAUGGUCUGGAGCAAGUCCCUGGUGCCUCGCAGGCAUGUGUCCUGGUCCUUUGCCGCCAACAGGAUAUCAUCUACUAAAGGCGUCCUUUAAGUCUAAUACCAUAAGCCAAGUUUUAUCUGGAGGCAGGGUGGAGAGGAGGGUGUGUGGGUUUGGGACCGUAGGAUGCAUAUCCUCUACUUGCCGGUUGAUUUCCCUUAAGUCCUGGACUGCCUGUAAUCGUUAGAGUGCGGUUUUCGCACCAGCAGCAAGGGGGUGUUCCAUGCUGAUUGGCAAGGCCCCAAAAUGCCCAAGUCCAGUAGUCGCCGUAUGUGGGGUGUGAUUCCCGUACGCACCACGAGAGGCACGGGGUCUUGGCGGACCCUGACAGGGUCUACUCCCGGUUUCAGUUCUAUGUAUAUGGUCGGUCGGUGUUGUGACAGCCCAAUUCCCCCCAGUUUCUGCCCACGCUUGGGGAAAUUCCCGCAGCCAAUGGUCAAUGUCAGUCAUCGGGGCUGAGGGUGUCUGGUGGAGACGAUAUUCAUCUUCUAAACUUAGGACAAGUACUUGGAUCGGGUGCCCUUCCUUAUUUAGGACUUUUGCCCCUUCGGGGUGGAAGUGAAUCUGUGCCCCCAUUUUGGUGAGCAAGUCCCUACCUAAUAACAGGUAGGGACACUCAGGGAUAACCAUGAAGGAACGGGAUACCCGGCCCAUGCCGAGAUCUACAGAGCUUUGGGUAGUCCGUGAGUGCUGUUUGGUGCCCGUGGCCCCUUGCACCCAUGAAGUCUUGCUUGCUAAUUUUCCUUGGGGUUGUAAUAAGACCGAGUGUUGUGCCCCAGUGUCCACUAAUAAUUCAACGGGUUGUCCCUCCACUCUGAGAGUUACCCUGGGCUCGGGGAGAGGUGCCGAACCCCGACUCCCCUAAUCGUCCCGGUCCUCCAUUUCCCAGAUCUUGGCAGGGGCCUUAGGUCUUUUAUUAGGGCAAUCUUUUACCCAGUGGCCCUCCUCUUUACAAUAAGCACGUUGGUUUUUGUUUAGUUCAGGACGCUCCUGACCGGGACCAGGGCCAUCCUCCUUACCUGUCCCUGAAGCCAGUUUUUUGAGGUGUCUCCGUUUUUCCUGGGGGUCGUCCAUGGUUGUGGCCAGCAGGAUCUUGGCCAGGUUUCGGGUCUGCCGGUCACUUAGUUUGAUUUGUUGUUCUUCUGGACUCUCUCUAUUACAGACUCGUUCUGCUACUCUUACUAAGUCCUGCAAGCUCUUCUCUCCUAGUAUUCUAGGAAGGCUGCUGGACUCUUGUCCUUACCCUGUCUCACACCAUAGACCUCGGCCAGAUUGGGAGGCUUGCGCGCGGCAGCCUGGAGACCUGCCGGGAGAGUCUGGCGGUGGACCCGGGGUCUCUCCUUACCUUCAGCCGAGCUGUGGUCCCAGGUGGGGUGGGAUAAGGGGAAGGCAGCGUUUAUGAGGUCUGGGUUUUGAGUCGGCUGUCUGUCCUCUCCCAAGACAGAGUUCCGGGCUUCCACUUGAAUUUGUUCUCUCUCCUCGGUGGUGAAGAGAACCUGCAAGAGCUGUGGGCAGUCCUCCCAAGUAGGCUGCUGGGUAAAGAGAACAGGAUCUAAAAGCCCAAUUAGAUUUCUCGGAUUAUCCGAGAACUUUGCAUUUUGGGUUUUCCAAUUAUAUAAAUCACUGGUGGAGAACGGCCAGUACAUUAGCUGUCCGCCAGUCUCGUCGGGGCCCCAUGGCGUGGAGGGGAAGGGCGGGGGAGUGGCCCGGCCCUCCUUAGGGGGUGGGGCUGCCCGGUGGGGCCGUCUGCGUGGCCCACGCACAGGGACUCCCUCGUCAGGGAGGGGGGUGCCCCUUCUGCAGCCCCCCCACCUCUGAUGGGGGGGGGUGGAAGGGCGAGGGGGUGCCCAAUAGGGCGGCGGGAGGAUCAGGUCCUCCGGAGAGGAAUCCGGUAAAACUGAAUGAAGAGGCACUUUUGUCUUAGAGUCGGUCUCCUUCUCAGCUUUUCUGCAGGGCUGGAAUCUUGGUAGGUCCUGCUUGGGGGGGGGGGGGAUAGUUUUAGCCAAGGAGGGGGAUUCUCGAUCAUGUCCUGCCAGGCCAGGACGCAGGGCACCUGGUCAGGGUGGCCGGCCGGUUUGUCCCUGAAGAUCACGGCCUUAACCUGUGAGAUAACCUGGAAAGUUCCUCCUCGGGGCCAUCCCACGUCAAGGGCUGGCCAUUCUGACGCGCAGGAAGUUCGAAACUUCCCUCUCCGUGGGUCUGUGCUCAGGUUGUGAGCUCUUUCCUUAACAUCCGAGAAGUGGGGGAGCGUAAGGGGUGGGGGUGGUUUGCGUCCGCCCCAUUACGUCCCCGGUCCACGCCAAGGCACAGACAGGACAGUUAACAAGUAACACAGUCAAACGCACAGUUGACAGUGAACACAGUAACCCCGACCAGCGCGCACAGCUGACAGGACGCGGUAACAGACGAACGUUCCCGGGCGGCCGCGGAGACAAAACAGAAGGUAACCCCGAGGGCUGGCAGCCGGCCCUCCUCACAGACAGGACCCCUCCCUCCCCGUCUCAGAUGAGGACCCGUCUGUGGGCGGCCACGGACUAGCUGGAGUAACGAAACCGAACCAGGCCCGGGCUUGCGUCCCUCAUUCACUCAAAAGGCUCGAGAGCCCAAAGGGUGAAUAGUUGGUUGACGCUUGAGAAAGGGCUUGAGCAACGGUUUUCAGAGCUCAGAGCUCGCUUGUACGUGGUCGCCCACAUAACACAGUAGAUACAACGUGCUCUGGCCUGGCCAUAAAGUGAAAUAGGGUCUGUGCUGUCCUUGCUGGCCUGUUAGCCACAUCUAAUGUUCCUCCGAGGUAUGUACAUCUGGAGCAACAAACCCACCUCUUACCAGGAUCCUCUGGCGCCAGUGGGUCUGCCUUGGAUGCUGAUAAAGGGGAAGCUUGGAGGGUUUCACAAAUAUGCUAAGAAUAGAUACUUCCUUAUCUUUGUUUUGCCUAUAAUGUUGCAGAACCUUGAAUAAAGCCGACACUGCUUGGCCAUCAUCCACUGUGUCCCUCCUGUCCCCAUCUCUUUACUUUUCUUUUAUUUCCCCAUCCCUUUCCCUCAGGACCCUGACCGUGUUGCCCGAACAGGGACCUGAGCACAUGCAAGAGAAAGUGCACAUAUAGAUAAGGAACACGCUCUACUGGGACCCCUGGGUGGCGCAGCGGUUUGGCACCUGCCUUUGGCCCAGGGCGCGAUCCUGGAGACCCCGGAUCGAAUCCCACGUCGGGCUCCCGGUGCAUGGAGCCUGCUUCUCCCUCUCCCUCUACCUAUGUCUCUCUCUCUCUGUGUGACUAUCAUAAAUAAAUAAAAAUUAAAAAAUAAAAGGUACAAGCUCUAUUUAGUAUGAAUUUAAAUUGACAAAUAGCCUCGUCCUGUUAGCCAGGACAGCUUAAAUAUCAUCUUCCCGCAGACAGACUUUUGCAAUUCCUUUCUACCACGUCUGUCUUCUGUUCUGCAGUCAUGACAACAUAACCCCUGGCUAACGCCGUCACUCUAUUUGUUGAUGCUGAUAAAACAGGGCACGUUGGAAUCUACAAGGAAUCCUCUAAGGCUAAAACAACUUAUCAAAGUCAUUAUCCCACUAAGUCAGUACAAAGAGCUGAACCAAAGGCUGUCCAAAUGUUUUGGCUUUGCAAAUGUUUCCCGAACCCUGCAAUCUAUUCACUGACAGCCGCUACGUGGCUCGAGCUGUUCCAGCCUUGCCACGCGCUGACAUACUCACAAAUGAUGGGGAAUUGUAGCACUUAUUCUCUAGUAUUCAGCAAAUAUAUUACGGGCCAGAGGAGCUCCUAUUUUUAUAUCCCAUAUAUGGGCUCAUACUAAUUUGCCUGGUCCCCUCUCUGAAGGCAACCACAUUGCUGACACCAUUACUCACACUUAUAUAACAAACGUAAACGACAAACAUUGGCCACACAGAGUCAUGCUAGUUUUCAUCAAAAUGCCUCAGCCCUUGGCCGACCGUUUCACAUCACUAGAGAAGAGGCCCGCCAAAUAGUAAAAAACUGUCCGGCCUGUCCAGUCCACCAUCCUGUUCUUACUUAUUCAGUUAAUCCCAGAGGAUUGAUGCCUAAUCAUCUCUGGCAAAUGGAUAUUACCCUCUUUCCUGCUUUCGGCCGCUUAAAAUAUAUACAUGUCUCUAUCGAUACUUUCUCUGGGUAUAUCCACGCUACUGCACAUUCUGGAGAAGCCUUUACUGAUGUUCAAAAUCAUUUAUUUUCAGCCUUCUCCCAAAUGGGAACCCCUAAGGCCAUAAAAACUGAUAAUGGCUCAGCUUAUAGCUCCAAAGCUUUUCAGAGCCUUUGUGCUACCUUUCAAAUUAAGCAGUCUACAGGAGUUCCCUACAACGCACAAGGUCAAGCCAUAGUUAAACGAGCUAACAGUACUCUCAAAUCUUACCUUAAAAAAUUAAAAGGGGGAGAUACUGCAGGGAACAGUGAAAUACUCUCCCCAUAUCCAUUUAACUCUAACUCUUUAUGUUUUAAAUUUUUUGAAUGUUGAUGAUAUAGGACGGACGGCAGCUGAACGGUUUUGGCAUCCAGAUUUUUCUUCUCUCCCUUACGCUAGGUGGAAAGAUCCAUAGACUGGCAUUUGGAAAGGCCCCGACCCUGUCCUUCGCAAGGGGCGUGGGUUUGUCUGUAUUUUCCCCCAGGAUGAGGACACCCCGUGAUGGCUCCCGGAACCAUGGUGUCGACUCCUCGCCCCUACGCCGGAGACUGGCCAACCUGACGAUAACUCGCCAACAAAAAAGAAGAAGGAGACGUCUCCCGUGGUCCUAUUUGGAUGGAGCGCCUUCAGAAGACACCUUUGGUCAUCUCUCCUCUCGGCAUCCCUGAGUUUUCUAUCACAGACUGGUCGAGAAUGACAAGAAAGGAGCCUCUGCGCUACAUUGCAUAUCCACCUGGUCGACCAAUGAAUAAUGUGACUAUACCCGGAGGAGUUUUUUCUACCGUCGGAGAAAUGUACCACGCAGAACUCUGAAAACUGGUCGCCGCAAUGGGACCGGCCAAGACGCAGAUGGCUAAGAACACUACACAAACACAAAGGACUCCAAUCUUACUAUAAGGGCCUGUGUGCCUAGGCCAUUCCUAUUGGUGGUAGGAUAUGGGACGACAAAUUUUACCUUUAUGCAAAAUAAUGGAACUGAUAUGUUAUUUGAACUAGGAUGUAAAAAUUGUGUAUUGACCAAUUGUUUGCCUGUGCUCUUGCCCUCACUUCACACAGGUCCUGUCACUAUCUUUUUGACUAUGCAACCGCCUUAUUUACUAUUACCUGUUGAGAUUGAAGGCCCUUGGUAUGCUAAUUAUGGUUAUCAGUUCGCAGUGGAAAUGCAGCUACAAUUGAAGAGAUUGAAACGCUUCCUUGGGCUGUUGAUAGCCGGUAUUGCUGCAUUGGUUGCUCUUAUAGCUACUGCUGCCACAGCCUCUGUGGCCUUAUCCCAGGGUGUACAGACAGCACGAUACGUUAACCACUUAGCAAAAAACGUCUCUUAUGUAGUGUCUACUGAGGAGCGUAUAGAUCAAAAAAUUCUCGGUCGUCUUGAUGGGCUUGAAGAAGCAGUAGAAUUUCUGGGGAAUCAACUAUCCCUGUUGAAAAACCAGAUGUCCUUGGUUUGCCAUGGCGGGUUUCAGCAUAUAUGUGUCACCCCUAUGAAGACCACUAAUGUAACACGGGGGCAAGUUAGAAAACAUCUACAAGGAAUAUGGCUUCAUAGUAAUAUGAGUCUUGAUUUGUUGGAGUUGCAAAAGGAAAUUUCCAUUAUCAGCCAUUCUCAGAGAGGUAUGACAAACCCGGCUGAAAUGGUGGCUCAUAUCUUGGAUGGCCUGCGCGGAUUUAAUCCAGGCAACCUAUUAAGGUAUUCAUUCUGGAUGUUUAUCAUUAUAUUUACUAUUGUGAUUAUUCUACUUUUUGCAUGGUGUGUGGGUCAAGGCAAGACGACACAGAUUCAACAUGGAUGCUCAAUUACAUUUCCUCAAUCUGAAAACAAAAAAGGGGGAAAUGUAGGUGGCCAUGGACUAGCUGGAGUAACUAAACCAAACCAGGCUCGUACUUGCAUCCCUCAUUCACUCAAAAGGCUCGAGAGCCCAAAGGGUAAAUAGUUGGUUGACGCUUGAGAAAGGGCUUGAGCAAAAAAAAAAAAGGAAAGAAAGGGCUUGAGCAACGGUUUUCAGAGCUCAGAGCUCGCUUGUACGUGGUCGCCCACAUAACACAGUAGAUACAACGUGCUCUGGCCUGGCCAUAAAGUGAAAUAGGGUCUGUGCUGUCCUUGCUGGCCUGUUAGCCACAUCUAAUGUUCCUCCGAGGUAUGUACAUCUGGAGCAACAAACCCACCUCUUAACCAGGAUCCUCUGGCGCCAGUGGGUCUGCCUUGCAUGCUGAUAAAGGGGAAGCUUGGAGGGUUUCACAAAUAUGCUAAGAAUAGAUACUUCCUUAUCUUUGUUUUGCCUAUAAUGUUGCAGAACCUUGAAUAAAGCCGACACUGCUUGGCC